AUGGCCACGACAAUGGCCUCACGCCUGGUCCGAAACAUGACCAGGAGGACCAUGACCACAAUGGCUACCCCGACAGAGAACCUCACCCAAGUCGUCGCUGAAAGAGCCGCCACCACCGCACCAGCAGACCCUAGCCUCUCCUUCCUCCCUCUACGCCUACGCAACUUCUUCGCCAAAUAUCCUCCACAGCACUACUCUGCCGCCGUGGCACCCGCAUCCCGUCUCGUGGCCCCUGCCGACGCAGUCUCAAAUAGCCAGAACCCAACCGCCUCAAACACAUCAGAAGAAUUCGAUCUCUCCUCUUUAUCACCCGAAGAUCUGCCCACACCAUAUACCCCCAACCGCGACGCAAAAGGCAACAAACGCAACCCAACCGCUUGGUCCGCCUCCAAAGCUAUUCUCUACAACGACCCCGAACACCCAAAUCCCUUCCUCCCCCAACCAUCCCCCAACGGCAAAAAAUGGCGUYCCCCCAAAUACGGGCUGAGGCAACAAGCCGAUCUCAUCAAAAUGGCUAAGAAAUACGGUGUUGAGCAACUACUGCCGACAUCCCGGAAAUCCACUGUUUUCAAGGAGACGAGGCUCGCGGAACGCGGUUUGGCGAUUAAGGGKACGGGKAUUGGGCAGAAGGUUAAGGGUCAUAAGUGGGAGAGGACGAUGGAGACGAGAUUGGAGGAGAGGAAGAAGGCUAUGAUGGAGAUGCCGGAGUUGAUUCGGCAAUGGAAGCAGAGAGGUCACGGACGAGGAUGGAAGAAGUGGCCCAGACGAUCGGCGUGA